UCUUUCAAAUCCAAAUCUUUCCUUCACAUGAAGUAGGCUCGGACUUGGCCUCUCAAUAGUCACUAUCACAUCCAAAUUCAGUAGAGUUCGCACUGCACGUUUGCUCACAUUUUUCGGCCUGCUAGAAUGUCUAACUUACCGGGUUCGCCGAUCGUUUCCAUCUACGAUUUGCUGCUGGAACGCAAGAUCUUACUGGCUGGUAAAGGGGCUUCCUUCGGCAAGCAGAGGACCGGACCAGAAAGCCAAACAAUCGCCGAGACUUUAACCAAAGCCAAGGCAAUCAGCAGGAGUAUCAAUGAGUACCUAAGCUGCUCGUCGGAGGGGGAAGCCUUGCCAACAGCGGGGCCAUCAAAAGUGACGGCCACGCACCUGACCAAGAAGCAGACGGGGGUCAUCAUGCAGCAGCCCACCCCGAAGGAAAUCAUCGUCAGGCUGCCCAAGAAGAUUGCGCCUAGAAUACUCAGUGGGAAGUCCAACUCGCUAACCUCUUUGACAAAAAGCUACUUUGAGGCCUCCACAUCGAAGCCGGUGACGAGCAAGCGCCUCAAGAAAAAGAAGAAGAAGGUGUCAGUCUCUGGAGCAACCACACCAAAGGCCCACUCUGCUGACCAACGUAUGCCCAUGUCACCACGGAAGGCAGGCGGCGAGAUCCCGACACGCGUCAAGACAUCCACAAUACCAAAGCCUAAUAGCCCCAAGACUUCGCAGACCAAGUUGCGCGUGAAGGGGCGCAAGUCUACAGUUUCCAUAAGCACCGGCAAGACGCCAACGACACCUAGUAGUGUCAAUCGCUGGCGCAUCUGAGCACCUUUCACAGGAUCUAUUCCUUUCACGGGAUCUACAGCAUACCAUUUUUUUCGAUUUACAAUAUUAAAAUUUAAAGUUUCUUUCAA